AUGAAGUUCUUCAACGUCAUUCUUGCCGGCUUCUUCGCUGUCAUCGCUGUUGCUGGUCCUACCGAGAUGCCAAUUGAGAAACGUUGCCUCGCUGGUAUUGAUCCCUUACUUUUAAACCUAUGGCCUUGGUUUCAAGGUUCACUGUCAGAUAGAGUCAAUAGAUUUGCUAAUGUGUAUCCCGGCGCUGCUUGUGGCUCUGACGCCGCAUGCUGCAGUGGUGCAUGUGGCAUCGCCCAGUACAAGCCCGUUGGCAAGUGCGGUUAA